GGCCGAUCGAGUCUCACACCGGACUCCGAUAUGUCGACCAAAAAGGGUUCGGGGAACCUUUGUUGGUCCGAUUGGAUGCUGUUCUGACAGGAUACGGCCUCGGACUUGUUAGUCAGUCUCUAAAAAUAGCUAUAUAUAGAUAUCAAGCAAUGGCCAUCCAAGCGGACGCAAAAUCGCCUUCAUAUGUAUCAGUGGAUUCGUCCCUGUACGCUUCCGAGAAACGAGAGCUCAAUGCUCCUUGCAGUGUCCACAGCACCUCACAAACUCCCCGCCUCGACCAUCAGCUCCAACAGCCCGAGACCAAGGCUGCAUUACAAGCCCUUGCAACCGCACUCAACAACAUUGCGGAUGAGAAGCAAUGCACCAAAUGCGCAGUGGAAGCCUCGUCGAACUUCUUAACGGAUCAUCUCCGAGACAUUCGGGCUGCAAAGAAGAAUGGGCAGUGGUCGAAGGAGGAUAAGAAGGCUCUGAAGGCGGAGAUCAAGGGCUUCAAAAGCCUAAAAACAAAUUUUAAGGCAUUGUGGAAGGAUAAUUAAUUGUUUAUGUACAUAAAUGCUACUGAUAUGAUCCGAGUCUCACACUUUCUUUGCGAUGCUUGUUUCUCAAACCUGAAUUGAAGCAAUGACUUACAAUGCAAAAAAGCACGCGUGCCCAACAGAACGUCCGAUUGUUCUGCCAACAUGCAGCACCAGCAAGGC